AGAAUAUGUUCCUGACGCGUUAUACUCUUUCCAUUUAAACUCGAAUUCCACCCACCAACAGUCCAACACCAUCGUCUCUACUCUCUAUAAUGGCUCAAACAAGCUAUGCCUACCCUACGACGCAUAUGGCGAAUCCGGUCGCCGUCGUUGGCCCUCACUUCCUGGCUCCGUAUCCGGUAGAUCUAACCAUCGUCAGGAAACUGCUGUCUCUCUCCGACGGAAACUUCGCCGUCACCGACGUAAACGGCAGCGUUAUGUUCAAAGUUAAAGGCAAACAUUUAAGUCUUCGCGAUCGCCGUGUUUUGCUCGAUGCUGCGGGUAAUCCGAUCCUAUCUUUCCAGAAAAAGCUGCUAAGUGUUCACAAUAGAUGGGUGGUGUUUAGGGGAGAUAGUUCAGACGCAAAAGACAUCAUCUUUAGUGCAAAACAGUCUUCUUUAAUCCAAUUCAAGACUUCCCUUGAUGUGUUCUUGGGGUUUAACGAAAAGGAAAAUGUCUGUGACUACAAAGUCAAAGGCAGCUGGUUUGACCGAUCAUGCACCAUUUAUGCUGGUGAAACCACCACCAUUGUUGCUCAGAUGCACAAGAAGCACACUGUCCAAAGCAUUGCACUUGGGAAAGAUACGUUUUCUGUGACUGUGUAUCCAAAUGUCGACUAUGCCUUCAUUGUUGCACUUGUUGUUAUCCUCCAUGAAAUCAACGAAGAAAAGAAUGAUACUGAGUAAAUUUGUUCAUAGUGUAAAUGGAUAAACAAACACUCUGUAAUUUUACGUUUUUGUAUCAUAUGUAUACCCACUUUUGAAAGCAGUUAAUCAAACCAAAAAACAUGAAUCAAAGUC